AUGAGCUCCUCCACUAGUAGGAUGGAACAGAACAGAACAGAAGAAGCGACCAAUUAUGACUUUCAGGGUUUUGACUCAGAGGAAGAAUUAAACCCGCUUCUUUCUGGAGUCGGCCAGGAUUCAGAGGACUCAGAUGAACAGGACCAAAUUGGCUCACCUGACUCCGUAAAUAAAUCAUCUCCAGAAGAGACCAAAAAGUCAGUCAAGAGAGGGCUCAUCAGCAGGAUGAAAGCUAUUUCUGUCCAAACAUUUGCUCAAGAGUCAAUCCUGAAUGUGAGGUCUAGAGUCAGGCGUAGGUUGGCCCACCGUCGAAGACAGGAAGCUGACAGUUCAGAUACUUCAAUGCUUCUGGAGAGUGAGGAUAGUCUUUCAAAUGAGAUAAUUACACCCGAAGAUCAGCAUACAAACAGUGAGUCUGAAGAGAUUGGGCCUUCCACUGCCCUCUGUAAAAGUGACUGUGAGCGUCGUCUUGAUGUGGCUCAGAAAUGCCACAUUGUGGCUCCAGGCUAUAAAGGAAAACCUCUUCUCUCAAGAGUCGUCUGCAGGAUGAGAGCAUCACAAAUGAAAGGAACAGGAGCCUCUUGA